AUGACUACUCUACACAUCAAACAAGGCUGGGCAAGUACUUCCAUUGGGAGUUUUGGCCAUCAGAGACGAAAGAGUGAGCCAACGGUUGCUCCUACAAGUGAACUUCCAAGCCUUUCUUCCUCAACUACUUCAUUGACACUAUCUAACCCAAUAUCUUCAUGCGCAUCUAUCCAAACAAGCCGAAAGAUUCCUUGUAUGGCAUCUUAUGAGAAAUAUAUGCCUCGGCCAAUGUAUGCACCUCAUGAAAGUAUUUAUCGUCUCAAUGUCGCGCUGCCUCAGGCUCCUAUCAAGCUUUGUGUACCUCGUCGAAUUAGUGAAAAUGUUCCAGAAGUCCCAACAGGCGAUCUCUUUGACUCUCUAUUGGCUGCCCAUCAAUUAUUGGAAGGGCUUGAAGGCAAAGAGCAGCAGAAACCAAGAAUCGGGACCAUGACAAGUCAAUCAAUGCCUGCUAUUUCAGUGUGUCUCAGACCAGAGACGACCGCAAGUCAGGAAGAAAGAAGAAAUAUUUAUGACACCGCUUACUGGGCUUUGGUUAAAGCUGACAGUGGUCUCGGAAACUGGCUCCAUCAACAAACGCAAAAAGAACCCAUGGACCUAUCUGCCUACGCUCGACCACAGUCACAGCGCUCUCGUCUACCGUGGGCUCCUUUAUUUCAAAAGACAAAGCGUUGUUUUGUAACUCGUCCUUGGUCCACUCAAUCUAUUUCAUCCAUGGCCCAGAGCAUCGAAGAGAGGCCAGCAAGUAAGAGUACCGUACAUCAAGAACAAGUUUCUUCUUGGGUAGAUGUAGAAGUAGAGGUAGAGGUAGAGAAAAAAAAGGCUUUAACUUUCCAGAUUAAGCGUAGGGAGCAUCAAAGAUAUAUAUAUAAAGUGGUCAUCUUUGUGGUUGGAUUCUAUCAAUAUUCCAAAAGGGAUUUUCCCAUCGAUACGCUCUUAGAUAAUCCUGAUAUCAAUUUCCCCAUACUUGAUUCUCACGGUUGA